AUGAGCGUCGACAUCUCAACCGAUGAAGGCUACACCGGGCUGCUGAAAACAAUCACACAAGAUAAACAUUUGGAUCCAGCCGAUGUCCUAGACGAUUUAGAGGAAAGCCAUGACCAGCUCGAAGUCGAUAUGUCUGGUCUUGGUGAUGCUGUUCGGGAAGCCUCAAAAGGUGUCUCUGAGAAAACCUCUCAAGAAUAUUUACGGUGUGACCUUAUCAAGCUCGACGGUACCCCUGUGUUGGAGGAACGCUCCACCUACACACAUGCACAGAAGAUGAGAGCUGCUGCAACAUUUGGGUUCGGAAAAAUACACGGCUUAGGGAUGCAGGCAUGGCACCAAAGCGAAAUUUCGGGCAAGAUGCUGGGUAACCCUUCAGUCUCCGAGACGGUUUCUACUUACAUGCUUAGUCUUCGCCGCCGCAAGACGCAGAAGGGGGAUACUCCCAUUAGUGCUCGAGCUGUGUCUUCUGACUUAUUGGAGGAUCUUUACCACUUCAAUAGUCAGCCUCGAUAUCAAGUUCCUCAGACGUUCCAAAGCAGUUUUCAACCAGCUCGCAAAGGCGAACUAGGCCCUCAUUCACGUGCAUCAAUGGACCUUGGCUACAGCUUAGCCUUUUGUGGUCUACUCCGUGUCGAUGAGCUCCUGAAAAUCCAGCUGCAAGAUUUGACGUUGACCGAGAACCCUCUGACUGGGGAAAGUAAACUCAGUUUACAGCUUCCCUUUCGCAAGACUAGCCAGUUCGGAGACAUCAAACCGUUUGUGUUCUAUGAAAUGCCAGACGAAUAUCAGCACAUAUGUGUUGUGCGUGCAUUUGCUCGAUGGAUUCUUGCAUCAGGCUUGACCGAAGGAUAUCUCUUCCGAAAAAUCCGUGCCAAUGAUCGUAUUGCUGAAGAAAAUGAACCUAUGGUGAACGCGGUGGAUGCCAGUGGUUAUCGGUUGAGCGUCGAUGGCCUUUGCGUCAAAUCUGUGAAUGGGGGGGGCUGGAGUCAAGAAUUUACGCACUUGACCAUCGUCAAGUACCUUAUUUCAUGGAACGACAACCCUCAUGUCGAUCGAGAUGAUUUCUUCAACAUGAAGCGUGCGCCUGCGAAAGUCUGUCCUACCUGCAACCGCUCUUGUCAUUGUGCUUAG